GUUUAUCUACUAACUAGAUUUUCGGCACUUCCUGGACACGUCGGCGUAGCAGCCAGAAAUCUCAGUUUACCUAAAGAGUCAGUUCGUAUUGAAUUAGCAAUGGAGACAUUAUACGGUGUACCUUUCGCAGUGUUGGAAUGUCCUAAUAUAAAACUCAAAAAACCAUCAUGGCUGCACAUGCCGUCGGCUAUGACAGUCUAUGCGAUCGUUAUUGUAUCGUACUUUCUCAUCACUGGAGGCAUCAUCUACGAUGUCAUUGUGGAACCACCUAGUGUGGGUUCAAUGACCGAUGAACAUGGGCACCAGCGGCCUGUCGCAUUUUUGGCAUACAGAGUGAAUGGCCAAUACAUCAUGGAAGGGUUGGCCUCCAGUUUCCUCUUCACCAUGGGAGGCUUGGGCUUCAUAAUCCUGGAUCGCUCAAAUGCCCCAAACAUCCCUAAACUCAACCGCUUCCUUCUGUUGUUCAUCGGUUUUGUCAGUGUCCUGCUCAGCUUCUUCAUGGCCAGAGUGUUUAUGAGAAUGAAACUGCCUGGGUACCUCAUGGGUUGAAGAUGGACACAACACAUUACGAAGACAGAAUGGUGAAGGACUGCCAAAGAUUUACGCUUCAAUUGAUUUAAGCUGGCCUAAAACGUUAUGAUAAUACAGAUUUAAAUUGCAAAUAAAGAAUUGACAGUAACAUCUGUCCCUGGCAAUAAGCCUUUGACCAUGUUUGAGUGAUGUAUUAAAUGUCACAAGGUGCAUCUCAAUAGUCAAGAGGCUUCCUAUCCUCAUCUCCUUUCCUUCCACUAAAUGGUGUGAUGGAAUUCUCAUAUUGCUAACCUGUCUUCAGUUCAGUAAUGCAGAUGGCGAGAAUAUGUGGAGACAAAGCCACUAUAGACCAUUGAGAUGCACCCAUUGGAAGGAGGGACACUUUCCCUAUUAUAAAUCUGAAUGAGCAGUAAAUUUGUGGGUUGUUGGGGUUAUUGAUAAAGAAUGGUCUACAAAACAUUACAUCUUCCUAAAUGCCUUCCAACAUGUCACUGUUGUGUGUCUAUUAGGAACUUAGAUGUUAUUUCCUGAAAGCUUCUCAUUCUCUAAUCACAUUUUUUAUAAUAUACUAGUAAUAUCCUUCUUACUUAAAUGGAUUCUUCGGUACUUUUGUAAUCUUUUUAACCAGUAGUUCUGAAAGUUGUGCUCACAAGCCAAAAGUGGACCCCAAAAAUUGUGCACUACGUCAUUGCUCUGCUGUGUGCAAAUCUUGCUAGCUGUCAGUCAUAUGGCGAGCGGCUGAAGCUACUUGGUGAACUCAAAUUUCUAUUGGGCUGGCCCACGUAGGGGAAAAUGCAGGGGAAAUGGCGCAGCACAGCUUCCAGAAAAACGUUUAAACUAGGAAUUCUGUGGCUAAUUGAGAAGAUCAUAAUUCUCAGGGGUUAAAGUUCUGUCACUGUGACAGAUUUCCAUCAUAUGGAUGACUCAUUUCACUCCAGGUUACACUUGCAUGUCUAAAGCCAGACAAAAUAUUUAAAAAUGAUAAUGGAGCUAUACAUUUUCAAAUUACUGCCCAUUUUAAUGGCCCGCAAAUUGAUCAUGACAGACAAAUUGGUCAUCAAAAAAUCGGUCAUUCGAGGCCUCCUGAGUGGCACAGUGGUCUAAGGCACAGAUCCCAGGCUGGCUGUGACCUGGAGCCCCUCCCCCUCCAAAGUAUAGGUUACUGUAGCCUACUGACAACAUUUCAUGUGUGAUUCAGAAAUUAGGGAGUGUCACGCCUUCUCCCACUCCAGCACUUGACAUCGCUGGUUUACUAACAUCAGUCUUGGCACCCCAUCAUUAUGCACACCUAGACACUCCCCUGAUUACUUCCCCUUUAUCUAGUACUCUGUAGCCUCACUCAUCAGGCAGUAUUGGUUCUGUUUUCUUGUCCAGACACUUCUCUUUUUUUGUAUCUCUUCAUGUUUGUUACUAUUAAACUCACCAUCUGCUGCCUGA